AACACUCUCUGGAAGCUAGCUGUUGGUUUGGAGGAAGCCGUUUGAGAUCCAGCAAGACCCGAGGGAGCUAGUUGGCAUUCUUCACAUCGGGAUCCAGCAUUCCAGCCAGUUGUCCCGACCACCCCCACCAUUACCUGCUUGCCUAUCCCUCGCCAUGGAUCAGAGCCCCGAGCAGCACGGCGAAAAUGAAUCUCUAUCGAAUAUCAGCUCACCUGCGAUGGAAACCAACAUGUCGAAGUCACCGAUCGACAUCAAGAUGCCUGGUCACGACUCGAUGGUGACAGUCCGCCUAUCCGAGCCUCCAUCUCUGUCCGUAAACACCGAUCUUCCUGUAGGUGUCAUGCCCUCGAGGAGGAGCAUCCUUGGACCAGAAUGCACGCCCACCAGUGCCGUGACCUUAUGCGAGAGCGAGGGAACUCUAGACGGAGCCAAAGAGGAUACCGAACCGGAAACAGGUAUCGAGACUCCAACGACGACUCAGGAUGAACGGAAAAGCAGCAGCGAUAGCAUAGCACAAGAAAAAUCACCUCAGGAUGACGAUAUUAUGGAAGAGUCUGAUACGGAGGAAGUUAAUUGGGAAGCACUGCAGAAGACAGAAAGCGAACAAGUCAAAGAACAAGAUGAUAACUCUACAGCGAUGCUCCUCGCAAGACUUGAGCAAGAAAACAACAUGCUCGCUACGAAUCCCAAGAGCGUCAAAGUAAAAGUGGUAGAACAACUAUCCGUCCGCCGGCCACGGCCACCUUCCAUGGCCCAGCUGCGGGAAAUGGUUAAUGGCCCUACACCCACGGCAUUGCGAUACUCUGUUCUCCCGCCACCGCCCAUGACAGAUCUCGAAUUUUACAUGGCGCUAGUGAAGGAUUAUCAACAAACAGCUGCCCGUUUACCCACACUGUUGUCUAACAAGAUCCGGAAGGGUGUACCACCACCACUUCGAGGCGUCGUAUGGCAAAGCAUGGCUAGUGCUAGAGAUACGCUCCUAUUAGAACAAUUCGACAGGCUUAGUGGCGAAUCGAGUCCUUACGAAGGCAUCAUCGGCAAAGACCUGGGUAGAAGCUUCCCGGGUGUCGAUAUGUUCCGAGAUCCGGAUGGAGAUGGACAGCGGAUGCUGGGACGCGUGCUGAAGUGUUUCUCUCUUUACGACCACAAGAUCGGGUACUGCCAAGGGCUGGCUUUUCUAGUUGGUCCUUUGCUGAUGCACAUGCCUGACAACCAGGCCUUCUGUGUUUUGGUUCGGUUAAUGGAGCAUUACGAUAUGCGAUCUUGCUUCUUGCCAGAUUUGUCCGGCCUGCAUGUCCGAAUAUAUCAGUUCCGUGAACUUCUGCGCCAAGAUCUACCCGCUUUAUCGUCCCAUUUGGACGAUCUCCAGGUCGAUCCAGCCUACGUUUCACAAUGGUUCCUAUCCUUUUUCGCCGUAACGUGCCCGCUACCUAUGCUGUUUCGCAUCUACGAUGUCGUCUUUGCCGAGGGUGCGUCGGAGACUAUCAUGCGAGUGGCCCUGUCACUCAUGCGGAAGAACCAGGGCCGCAUUUUAGCUUGUACCGAGCUUGAAGAUGUAAUGCAGCUUCUUCUCUCCCGGGGAUUGUGGGAUUGUUAUCAUUACAAUGCAGACGAAUUUGUCGACGACUUUGUCAGCCUAUCUACUGUGGUAUCAAGAGAGAAAUUAGCACAGCUUGAACAGCGGUAUAGAGAGGAAAAGAUCGCCAGCGCCAAUGCGGCUAGAACGGCCGAUGUUACCACAGCAGCCUCCCGCUUUUUGGGCCGCCUUUGGACAACGAGCACCUCGCCUAGAUCUGGGACUUUAUCACCCGGGUUCCCCGCUCCCCUGCGGCCAUUGAGCAUGCUGCGACGAAGCACAUCAAAACAGAGUUUGGCGUCAACGUUGAAUUCGAUGGAAGCUAGCUCUGCUAGCGUUUUGAGCUCAGCAUCGACAGACGCGACGACCAUCUCUCGAGAUUCGUCCAACGCCGAUGAUACUUCCAUCCGCGAGUCAACACCCGUUGCGUCAAAACCUCAAGCAUACCAUCAUGCGGGCGACAAAAACCUACACUCUCAGAUCGAAGAUCUACUGACUGCACUCAGCGAGCUGCAGCGGAAUCACUCGCUACUCGCGACACAACUACAAAAGGAAAGAGAAGAACGAGAAGAGGAUGGGAAGACGGUGAAGUCGUUGCUGGCCAAACUCAAAGCACAAUCCAACACUGGGGAAGACAUCGCGAUCUUCAACAGUGAAGACGAGGAGGCUAAUAAUGAGGAAGAGGCUGGAGAAGGUCGUCUCUCACAGCUCGUCAGCGCCGUCGAAGAUCGUUUUGAUACCGAGAAGGGUCAUAAUCGGAAUUCAUCGUCAAUGCAAACUAAAUCGCAACUUCGCGACGAAUUGGCGAGGACAAAGGAGCAUCUCACUAUCGAGAUGUCCAAAUCGCAAGAGUACAACCGUCGGAUUGAGGAGCUCAACCAAGAAGCCAGUACGCUUCGAGAGCAGCUUCGAGAAAGCCACGCCCAUGUUCGUAAUGUGCAUCAGGACAAGCAACGACUUGAGAGACAAGUCCACUCUCUUCGAGUCAGAGCUUCGGCGGAGACGCCAAAUACGACGGUGGACACGGGCGGGUGGUUUUCUAAUACAAGCUUCUCGACGGGCAACGCAAGCACUACGAGCAACAACGGUGGCCUGCGCGAGUUGAAGCUUGGACGCAGCAAGUCAACGCCCAACACGCAGGCGACGUUCGCCAAGCGCACAUCAUCUCUAGGUGUACGGCCGUCGAUGGAGGCGCAAUCGCCGACCGAUUACGAUGCACUUGUUGCAGAUUUGGUGCAGGCCAAGACGGCCGAAGCAGUGGCCCGGCAAGAGGCAGAUGAGUACAAGCAGAAGCUUGAGACCCUGCGGAAAGCCUGCGGGCUCACUCCCGGCGAAACGCCAGGGUCAUCGACGGCAGGCGCGUCAGCCCCAGGCGUUAUGGGAUUAUUUGCAUUAUCGAGAACGGAGACUAGCAGUAGUGUUAAGAGCGCACCUGCGCCGGUCUCAUCGACGACCACCUCUAACACAGGGUCCGGAGGUUUCUGGGGCUGGAGAAGGUGACCUUGGCAUAAUUUGAUGCCUCACUAUGUAGAGAGGCGCUGGAGCAAGCAGAGCGGGUAUCUGGUAGAGAGCAUGCAACAUUGUUGUUGUCGGGAAUAAUAAAUAGAGGAAGCAAGCAUGGCACAAGCUCACGGCGGGGCUUGCGUAGAGCGAAUAUGUACAAAAGAUGGGAAUGACGCUCAGGCCUAAUUCUAGAUAGAGGGCGUUCCCGACGAGGGGAGUGAAGAGUGAAGAAAGAGGCAGAACUAGCUUUGGAAAGCAGAGAGAGCCAUUGCUUUUGCUCGCUGUCUACAGAUUCUCAUCCCCAUAGCUAAGACAGAUAGAACUAGUUACCUAUGAUAUCCAAAAUGCAC